UUACAGAUUCACACACACGCUCAAACACAGAAACACACACUUCUCAAAAGGAAUCAGACACCACUCCUUCCUUCGACGAGAUCAUGGCUGACUUUGACCUGGUUCUGAAAUGCUGGGGUGCCGUGGAGAAAGACUACAAUGGGCUCGGAGGAGAGGUUCUGACCCGUCUGUUCAAGGAGACUCCGGCAACCCAGGACCUGUUUCCUAAAUUCAAGGGAAUUGCGCCGGGAGACUUGGCGGGUAACGCGGCCGUCGCUGCCCAUGGCGCUACCGUGCUGAACAAACUGGGCCAGCUUCUCAAAGCCAAAGGCAACCACGGUACUAUUCUCAAACCGCUGGCAACCACCCACGCCAACCAACACAAGAUCCCCCUCAAUAACUUCAAGCUGAUUACCGAGGUGCUCGUGAAAGUUAUGGCGGAGAAAGCUGGACUGGACGCUGCAGGCCAGGACGCCUUCAGAAGGAUCAUGGCUAUCGUCAUCAACGACAUCGACGCAGUCUACAAGGAGGUCGGCUUCGCCGGUUAAAAGAAAAAAUCAAUCGCCUCCCAGACCACAGAAAAAAAAAAAAAUCAUGACUUCUCUGGGGUCAAAUGCAACGAAGUCUUUUUACAAUGAAAUCUUUUUACAAAAAAAUAAAUAAAUAAAUAAGAAAGCGUACCGCAA